GAGAGAGAGAGAGAGAGAGACAGGCAAGGACACUCAUUACACAUAACACCGGCACUUCUUACCGUCAAAUCUCCUCCAAAUUCUACGGAGGGGUGGGGGAGGAAAAAAAAGUAACCGUGAGUGCUGCCUUCAAGCCAACGGACAACUCUCCCAAGGACUAAUAGUAAUCGUUAUUUGGCUAUUUUGUCUAGGAGCUAAUAGUGUGGGUUUUUUUGUUGUUGUUGCUGUUGGGAGGAAUUAGUCAUUUUUUUUUGUUCCGUUACACUCGGCGUCCAGGGAAGACAUCGUCUCGACCCGUUAUAACGUCUUUGAAGCAAACCGGUUUUCGAGCACCGAGCGCAGUGGAGACCGGAGGCACUAGAAGACGUGACUCGCACAUCACCUCCUCGUAUUAACGGUGGCCUCUCGCUAGCACUCUUGGUCUCUAACCCCCCUUAAAAUUUGAGAACACACGUACACCCAACACAGCAGACGAAGAGGUGGAGAAGACAGAGGGAGGAAAACAAACUUUGUUGUGGUUAUGUGUGUGUAUUUAUUUAUAGGUGGGAGGGACGGGGUUGGAAGAACAACCAUCGAUAUCAAAAAAGAGAGAAAUAUAGACACACACACACACACAAACAUUGCUUAAAGAUGAUAUGAGGGAAAAGCAGGAGAGAUUUCACAAGAAGACAAGACGGGGUCGGGAAGGGGGAGACAAAGUGGGAGAGAGCUUUGCUGGCGUUGGGGUAAGGGGGAAAAAAGAGAGGGGCAAGACGGAGGGAAGUAUGUCAAUAUUAGUGGUGGGAAGGUGCAGGAGGAUUCCCUGACGUUCAGCAGGGACACACAGCCCCACAUACAUGAGGUGCAGUAUGGAAACAGGACAGGCAGCUGCCAUGCAAAGGGCUGGACGGUAAUUGAUCAGCAACUGAGUUCCCUCUCUCCCUUCUCAGUGUGUGUCUGUGCUUCGUGUUCCUGAUUUGAAUAAAUCCCAAAGUGUCUCCCCCCUCUGGACAGGAGCCAAUCGUCUGUCAGAUGUGGCGAUGAUUAAUCGCAAUGCAUUAUUGAUAAUCAUAAUUAUAUACUGACAUGCGCACUUGCGCCGCUCCUGCCCGGCUAAUUUCCGUAAUUUUGCAACUCGGGUAUUUGCGAAAAAAAACAUUAUUUUUUUAUUUGUUGCUGAUGUAUCUGCCACCACCACCAUGUCGCGCCGCAAGCAAGCGAAGCCCCAGCAUCUCAAGUCGGACGAGGAAGCAGUGGCAAUAGUUUCGCAAAAUUCAGCCCCAGGGGAAGGAGCAGAUGAUGCUGAUAGUGGGAACGAAAGCAGAAGUGGAAGUGAGGAAACCCACAUCUGUGAGAAAUGCUGUGCAGAAUUCUUCAAGUGGUCUGACUUCAUGGAGCAUCAGAAGAAUUGCACUAAGAAUCCACUAGUCUUAAUCAUAAACGACGAGGACGCAGCACGUUCAGAAGACUUCCCUGAGCCUUCUCCUGCUAGUACCCCAAGUGAUCAAGGAGAAAGUGAAGCUGCCGAGGAGAGCACUCAUUUGGAAGGAAAUGACAGCUCCGAGGUAAAGAGUACAGAACAAGACGAGCCAAUGGAGGUGGAUGCUUCCACUGACAAGGGUUACCAGAAUCAAGGGACCUCAAGUACUGCUACGUCACUACCUCAGAUUCCUGAAUCAUCUUCCAUGACAAAUUAUAACAUGCCAAACACUAAUGUGACUUUAGAGACUUUACAAAGUACGAAAGUGGCGGUAGCACAGUUUUCGCAAGACACACGAUCUAACAGUCCUAGUUCAAAUAGUGGAGUAUCCACCAUUGCAAUCCCCAUGAUUCUAGAGCAGUUGAUGGCUCUGCAACAGCAGCAACUCCACCAGCUUCAACUGAUCGAACAAAUCCGAAACCAAGUGGCAAUGAUGAAUCCACAAACUUUGCACCCUUUAGAUCCAUCAGCAUCUUCCCAAGGUACAAGUGUAUCUGCUGCUAGUCAGCAUGUUUCAUUCACCGAUCAUUCUUCUAACCAGUUAUCAGCUGUUAUUUCAGCUUCGGGAACAGGACAGGCAUCCAGUGUCCACCCUUCUGCCUUUGAGAGCUCACAGCAAAUAGCACAGCCUGCCUCUGGAGCUAGCACUCCUGUUUUGCCCAGCAGUGUAUCUCCCAGAUCAGAAUCCACCAUGCCUCCAUCCACUACUGGAGUUUCAUCUUCAUUGACUCCAAGUUCCAGUUCAAAUACAAGUAACGCUUCCUCACAAUUACAGUAUUCAACAUCAUCACUUGGCCAUGGUAAUCUUCUUAGCCCAGCUUCCAGCAUGCCUAAUCCACUGCUACCUCAGAACACAUCAAGUAGUGUGAUCUUCCAAAACCCACUGGUCAGCAUUGCUGCAACUACUAAUGCUCUAGAUCCACUGGCUGCCCUUAUGAAACAUCGCAAAGGAAAACCACCCAAUGUUUCUGUGUUUGAUCCCAAAACAAGCUCAGAAGAUCCAUUUUUCAAGCAUAAAUGUAGGUUUUGUGCUAAGGUCUUUGGAAGUGACAGUGCAUUACAGAUUCACCUCCGUUCUCAUACAGGAGAGAGGCCGUUUAAGUGUAAUAUUUGUGGAAAUCGGUUUUCCACUAAAGGUAAUCUUAAAGUUCACUUUCAGAGGCAUAAAGAAAAAUACCCUCACAUCCAGAUGAAUCCAUAUCCAGUCCCUGAAUACCUUGACAAUGUCCCAACUAGCACAGGCAUUCCGUAUGGAAUGUCCUUACCACCAGAAAAACCAGUGACAACAUGGUUGGACACCAAACCUGUACUAUCAACGUUACCAACUUCAGUUGGAUUACAGUUGCCUCCAACUCUAUCAAAUAUUACCAGUCUAGCUGAGUCCCCAGCUGUGACUCCUUUGAACAGAUCACCUCAAAGACCAUCUCCUCCAUCAAGUGAAUGUGCGUCUUUGUCACCAAAUAUAAACAAGAACGAGUCCAACAUUCCAAUAACUGCAGAAUCUCCGCAAUCAAUUAAUGGUGGCAAUUUGGUUCCCAUUGUUCAAGGUUUAAAUGCACCUACAUCGAAUUUCAAAUCAGCAGAGGGCUGCCCGAGUGGACAGUCAGUUUCCUCUGCUCCUUGCUCUACCACAUCUUCUACUGCUGUGGACAAUGGAGUGAACAGCAUUCCUACAUCUCUCCCAAGUCCUCUGCUUCCCAUAAUAUCUGGUCAGUUUAAGGCAAAGUUCCCAUUUGGUGGCCUAUUAGACUCUAUGAAAACAUCUGAGACCUCAAAAUUGCAGCAGUUGGUGGAGAACAUUGAUAAAAAGAUGACCGACCCCAACCAGUGCAUUAUUUGUCAUCGCGUACUUAGUUGCCAGAGUGCUCUGAAGAUGCAUUAUCGCACACACACAGGUGAGAGGCCUUUUAAGUGCAAAAUCUGUGGGCGUGCUUUUACUACCAAGGGCAACUUAAAGACACAUUUCGGAGUUCACCGAGCAAAGCCACCUCUUCGAGUACAACAUUCUUGCCCCAUUUGCCAGAAGAAAUUUACAAAUGCCGUUGUUUUACAGCAGCACAUUCGUAUGCAUAUGGGUGGACAGAUUCCAAAUACACCUUUGCCAGAGGGCUUCUCAGAUAGCAUGGACACUGACCUAGCUUGUGAUGAGGUGAACGCUGAACUAAUGAGCAACUAUGCUGAUGAUGAACUAAUGGAUGAAAAUUCAAUGGAUGAGGAGGCGGAGUUAAACAUUGCCACAACUGAGUCUUCAAAGCAACUGUUAUGUUAUUCUGGUUCAUCACCAAACUCUCCUCCUUCAGUGAUUUCUAGCAUCACUGCACUGGAAAAUCAGAUGAAGAUAAUAGACUGUGCUUUGAGCACACAACAGCGUUCCAGCAUGAAAUCUGUUGAAAAUGGAUCAAUGGAAAGUGAUCGCUUAACUAAUGAUUCCUCCUCUGCUGUUGGUGACUUAGAAAGUCAGAGUGCAGGUAGCCCAGCAAUGUCUGAGUGUUCUUCUUCAAUGCAGGCAUUGUCACCUGUACACAGUAAUGCUGACAGUCAAAGAUCAAAGUCACCAGGAUUUGGCAACCAAGAAGAGCCACAUGAGACAUCAGUGAAAUCAGAAAAAGCAGACAGUCCAUCAACUCAUCGGGAGAAUGGAGGUGCACUAGAUCUGACAGCCAACAACCUGGGUCGGCCGAUCAUCAAAGAAGAGGCUUUUAGUAUGCUGUUCCCCAACCAAGAAUGUGGUAAGUUGAAAAGUACUGUUUGUAGUAUCUGUGGCAAAUCUUUUGCUUGUAAAAGUGCAUUGGAAAUUCACUACCGCAGCCAUACUAAAGAGCGUCCAUUUCUUUGCACAAUCUGCAAUCGUGGUUGCUCCACUAUGGGUAAUUUAAAACAGCACUUACUGACGCACAAGAUGAAAGAACUUCCUUCUCAGUUAUUUGAACCCAACUCCACUCUAGGUCCCACCCAAAGUACUCCUAGCCUGGUCACCAGCACCGCACCAACCGUGGUCAAAAUGGAAGUCAAUGGUCACAGCAAGCCGAUCUCCCUAGGUGAUGGUACGCAGGUUCCAGUUGGUAUACAGGCUCCAUCUGCACCACAGACAGCCAUGAGUCCAGGUAUGACACCCAUUCUGGCACCGCCACCUCGAAGGACACCCAAGCAGCAUAACUGUCCAUCCUGUGGGAAGACCUUUUCUUCUGCAAGUGCUCUUCAGAUCCAUGAGCGCACACACACUGGUGAAAAGCCAUUUGGCUGCACAAUCUGUGGCAGAGCUUUUACAACAAAAGGGAAUCUUAAGGUUCACAUGGGAACCCAUAUGUGGAAUAAUGCUCCAGCAAGACGAGGGCGUCGUCUGUCAGUGGAGAACCCAAUGGCUUUACUAGGUGGUGAUGCUAUGAAGUUCUCAGAGAUCUUUCAAAAGGAUUUGGCAGCUCGGGCAAUGAAUGUUGAUGCAACAUUCUGGAACCAAUAUGCUGCUGCUAUUACAAAUGGUCUAGCUUUGAAAAAUAACGAGAUUUCUGUUAUACAGAAUGGAGGCAUUCCUCAGCUUCCUGUUAGCUUGGGUGGCAGUGGUAUCCCUGCUUUAACUAAUGUGACCAGUGGAAUGGACAGGGUUCGCACAGGCGGCAGCCCGCCUGUUGCCGGGCUGGAGAAACCAAGCACAGAAGGCGGAGCAAAUCGGCCAUUCGCUAGAUUUAUUGAAGAUAACAAAGAAAUUGGCAUUAACUAAAAAAGGCACUCUUAAAUAUAAUUAACAUUUGGACCAUUUUACCUUUGGAAUCUUGUACUAUAUUAUGUACAGUUUUUGGAGCAUACCUUCAAUAGUUGUUAAGAUAUGAUUUCAACUCCAAAUACUCAGUUGUUGGUGUUUUCUUGCUCCUUUACUCAUCCCCAGAAUCAUGAAAGUUCCAAAUUCUGGUUAUGGUUUGAGUUGUCUUGCAAGAUUUGCAUGGUACUACUUGUUUCAAUAGUAAAUUUUACAAAAAGAUUCUUCAAAACUAAAAAGAAAAUUGUACAUUCAUAAAAUUAACAGACCCUUGAUUACCGUGAACAGAUGAACUGUUUGAUGGAUUGGAAACUGGGUGGGGCCAUAGCUCUAAUUUAGUUCCUUGACAACGAAACUGUGAGUGGAAUCGCUAAGGGCCUGGAAACCAUAAACUGACUGGAGUAUGGCUGGACAAGUGUGCUAAUUGUCUUCACAUGAAGUAGAAACUUGAAAUUAUAAUUUUGUUUUCCUUUUUAAGAUGUCCUCCUCUUUAAAAAGAAAAAAAAAGGUGAUUUUUGUGUCCCUGGAGAUGUGUAUUAUUAAAAAAAUGUGCUUGUCUGUACUAUUUAUACUGUCAAAAUUAUGCGGGUCAGAAAUAGUGUCCAAACCCACCCUCAAUUUUGGUAUUGGCAGAGAUAUGGAUAUAUCUCUCCAUGUUUUUAAAUUGUAGCCAGAUACUUAAUGAUGUCUGAAAGUAUCUUCUGUCACCUUUGGAAAGAACAAAACUUGUAGACUUGUCAAGUUUUCUUUCUUUUUCCCAACUGCAACUGAAUGCCGUUGUGACUUUUUGGUUGAAAAUUUUAAACUGUUUUUAAAAAGCUGCUAUUUAACCUUUUAGGUCAGAUAAUGUAUUUCCGCUGGGAGAGGGUAGUUUGAAAAAGUGAAAUCCUCCAUUAAAUGAACUUAAAAAAAAUUUAGACUGGGACUGAAACUAAAUGUAAAGCCUUUCCAAUUUCAGUUGUCUAGAGAGAACACACCUUAUUUGUUAUUUAAACUGUCAGAAAUCAAAUGUAUACUGAAGUACGUUUUAAAAUUUAAUCAUUGAAUAUAGUAUCUCAGUCCUCCAAGCAAAGUUUAGCCUGUUUUGUUUUAACAUUUUUAUGCUAAAAUGUUAUUUUAAUAGACCCAUUGCAAAAAAAAAUGUGAUGGUUCUUCCUUACCUGUGCUGCCUGCUUCCAUUUUUAAAUUACUAAUCUAUUUAAUUGAUCAACUGGUACACAUUUGUUGCUGGCCCAACCCUGUACUAAUAUAUUUUGGCAGGGGGUAAUGAGUUCAUUUAGGAAUUUCUGGAUGCCUUGGAACUGCAUAUAGUUUUAAAAUACUUACAUGCAUCACAUAAUGUGUUUUUAUUUUUAAAAUAAAAGCAUCUACAAUUGGAUGACAACUGUUUAGCCCAGUUAAUACUUCCCUGGAGAAAAAUCCUUUCUUAUUCAACUCCAAUGUAGAUGUUAAAUUAAUCAUUUCACACAGCUUAGCAUCUACAUUAAAAUGGAACACGCAGGAAUGUAUGCUAAUGUGUUAAUGGGUGCGUUAAACUAUACAAAAGGAAGUGAAUCCACCAGAGUCCUGUAUUUUUGAAUUUGUAAAAAUUGAUAACAGGACACCUUAUUUCUCCCUUAAAGUAGGUGGCAACAUAAAAACUUUUAUUGUUAUUUUCUCCAAUUGAAAUCUGCUUUUAAGUGUUAAGAUCAUGGGAAAUGUACUUUGGCAAUCCGUAUUUUCUCAUUCUGUUUGCUUCAUGUUUGGUGCAGCAGAAUAUCAAAUUGUGAGGCACAAAUAGAUUUUUUUAAAUCUACAUGCCAGUAGGCUCUGGCUUUGCUCCAUUUUGCAGUGACCAUAGAGAGGGGCAUUUGUACACUGGAGCACAAGAUUUUCUGCCCCUUUGCUCUGCAGAGUCGCUAGUAUUUUGCACACUUCAUGGAGCCCUCGCCUUUUGAGUUGAUGACAUAGUAUAUUUUGGACAGAAAAAAACAGCAAGGAUCUCUUAAGGAAACUAUAACCCCUUUGCAUGUCAUAAUUAACUCCAAGUUAGAAUAGUGAGUUUUGCUUCAAUUCAUUGAGUUGUCUGAUUUAGAUUUACUUGAGCUGUAACUAUCAUUAUAACUCAAUAUCAUCAAAUGUAAAAGCAUGUCUGGGGCAGAUGCUGUGACACCAUGUGUAAUUGAGAUGUUGUGAUACCCAAUUCUCUUGCAUCCAUUCCCCUCAAAUUGUGGCUGUAACUGCUUUGAAGUACUGCUCAGAAACUAGAAGCAACCACUGAUAUUGCUGUGCCCAACCUUCACUGAGUCAGCAAUGAGCAUGUGGAUGGAGGUCGGAGAACUGUCCAGUUGUGAGGAAAACUGUCAGGAAUAUGUUUUCAGCUCAUGGAACUGAGCACAAGUUUGGUUAUGUAACAAUCAUUUAUUCUGAUUGAGAGCAAGUUGUUCCAGAACAUGAUCAUAAUACUGCUGGUGCACAGUGUAAUACUUCUGCGAGUUUUUUUUUGUGCAGUACAGUAGGUGAAAUGAAAUGAGGACCUAGAAACAAAGUGAAGCCAUACAAACCUGAUAUUGUGUAUCUGAAAGUUCUCUUGACACUGUUGAACCCCUUAAAAGUAUGAUUUUUGUGCCAGUUGAUCAUUAAGAGGGUAAAUUCCACCUGCAACAAAUUUAACUGAAUACAGCAGCGUGAACAGAAAGUGGGACAUCCAAUGUUGCACUCGCAAAAAUUUUCACUAAAAUUAUUGACUGGAGGAAUUUCACAUCAAGCUAAUUUGUAUAAUUUGAAUUCAGUAGUGGAGCUGGGAUAUUUAAAGUACCUUGCACCUUAUGCUAUGACUAAGACGAAUAUCUAUAAAAGAUUUUUUUUUUGCAAAUCUUUCUUGACCUUUUUAAACACACAGCUGAUUUAGACAGAACAAUAAAUUUCCAUAGACUAAAGACAAGUAUUAAAUGUAAAAUAAGAGAGCAUAUGUUAUGAAUUUGAUAAAAAUGUUGUAAACUUUCAUUCAUGUUUAAAAUGCUGGAAAAUCCAUUCAGACUGGCUAAUUGUCUUCUUGGAAUGCUUUGGGUAUCAAGCACAACUGUCCAUUAUGGUAUAAGCGUGACACAACUGGUGAUCAUUAAUUAAUGGUGCACCAUAGUGAGAAGCGUGACAAUGUUUUUAAUCUACAUUAUUAUUAAGUAAGCUAGCAAAUUGGGAUGGGUGGAGCUUAAUCAAAACUUGAACUAACAGUAACCGUUUCGUGUACAGUACUACCUCAUUUUUUUUGCAUUGAAAGCACGGUGGACGGUGGUGUACAAACUUCCAUUUGUAUGAAGCUGUUUUUGAAAAUAUAUUGCAAUAAGGAUUGGGCAAAAGACAUGGUAAUCACAUGGUGGAGUUGUAUGGCGGGUAUUUUGAAUGGACUAACAGUGGGACAAUCUGCUCAUUGAGAAAAGAAUUUAGGUUUCUCUUAAGGAACAUUAAAAAGUAUCACUUUACUGGUUGUUUCUGCCAUCUUGUCAUGACCGACCAAUACAAAGAAACAUGACUGAUCCUAGAAGAGCUGUUUAUACCCCCACUAAAACUAUUGUAUUUACCACAAGGGGAGUUGUUCCUACAAUGAGGACAAUGCAUUAAUCCUGUGUUACUUCCACCUUUAAAGCACUAAGUGUGGGAAUUUGGCAACCUCUCAAGAGCAUAAAUAAAAUGAAAACAAAACAAGUUAUAAGGUGGCUUAACGUUGCUGUAUUUUCAGCAUUUGAAUGUUUUAUUUAUGUGUCAUUUUUUGGUGUGAAUUUUUGUUAGCCAAAUGUUAGCAUUUGGUACCAUGUAGUGUUCUGUCCAUAAGGAUCUGUAACUUAAGACUUCUAAAGCAAUGUAAAUAGGGCAGUAGGUAGACUGAACCCUUUUGUAUUCAGGUGCUGGUUGUUCCUCUCUACAUGGUGAAGAGAGACACUAUUUUUAUACUGCGAUACCAUGUAGGGCUGGGGAACCAACCUGAACCAGUUGGGAAUUGUUACCUAUAUCCAAUAUUUUUAUUAAACCUUGUUGGCUUGACACAUCUACUGAUUGAAAUGGAUGUCUUAGUCUAGGUUACUAUUUUGUCAUAUGGAAUAAAUAAAAAAAAUGCAGGAUAUGAUUUGCAAGGUAAAAGUGUUUUUUUCUUUCCCGGCCUGUCAAUUAUCAAAACCAGAAUAGUGGCAUAGAAGUUUGUGGUUUAUGAUGAUGUCCUUCUAAAGAACCUGUUAGUGAGAAAAUUUAACCCUGCAGUAUCCUCUUUUGAACGGAACUUGAUGUAAGUGUUAUCUAAUUUAAAAUAAACUAUUAAAUGUGAAUUAUUAAAUGACCUGCUGGGGAUUAAAAUGGGAGAUUCUCUUAUUGGUUACUUUCUUAAUUUGUGAACCAGAGUAUUACUUUGAAAAUAGAGAUGCUGUAUCAUACUUAAUAUGUUUAUUAAGCAAUAAUUUUUUAAAGUCACUUUCCAGUGAGCUACCUUUGUCAGUGGUAACAUUUUAGUUAAGACUUGAGCCAUCAGAUCCAUUUCCUGCAAAGUUUAAUUCCCCUACCCAUGUGAAAUGUAUGUACUGUUGCAUUGUAAUGGACUUUACAGCUUGACCUUCAGUGUUAUGCUGAAUGGUGGCAAACCAUGUUUGGAAAUUGAAAGAUUGUAACCUAAAUUUCCCAUUGCUACAAAGCUGCACAAUAUCACAAAAAAGGCUGUUGCUUAUCUUUAAAAUGGUGUUUUAAGUUGCAAUAAAGCAACAGAUGAAAAUUUCUCUGUUCCUGAGGCAAAAGUGGAUGAGAAAAAAUAUCACAUCUUUCAUCAUGAUGUGUUGAAACCAAUUUUAAAGCAUUCAAACUGUAAACCCUAACAUUGCUUUGCAUAUCUUGUAUAUUAGGGCUAGUAUUUGCAUGAUAUGCCAACGUAUACUAAAUUCUAAGUAAAAUAAAGUGUGCUUUUCAUUCAGUCAGAACUAAAGAAAGAUCGUGAGUGAUAAUAAAAGCUUCAUGGAUACUGGCAAGAUGUGGAAUAUGAAAAACACAGGAACAUAGUUUCACUUUAUUUCAUUUUCUGGACCAGUGAGAUGAAGGGCUGAGUGAACAAUACAUAACUUGUGUUAUGGCUAGAGGCAAAAUGGUUUGCUGUAAUUUCAACACUGAAGAUGGAUUGAAUAACUCACAACUGAAAUUUAAGUCAAAUUUAGUCAGUGUCAGCUGUGAAAAUAUUAAUUACAUCUUAGUGCCGCUGUGGGAUAAGUUAAAAUAUAUCCCAGAUUCAAAGUACAACAUUGCCUUUGAAGAAAUAACACAGGAUCCAGUGCAGAACUCUUCCAGUCACACAGUCUCUAAGUAACUAAGGAAACAAGUAACCUCAGAAUACUUUAGGUGAAAAAAAUACAAGAUUGAAAAUUGCAAACAUUUGAAAAAUACAUGAACAUAAUGUUGAUAAAUGCAUUUGUUUUUCUUGGUUGCCAAGCAAAGGAACUUUUUGAAUGCAUAC